CGGCGAUCUCACUCUGCUCACGAGCCCCGAACCGACUGAUACUGCAUGUCCCUCGACGAGAAGGUGCACGAUGCGCGUGAGCGCGACGACAGCCUCGUGGAGGCUCCCGGGACGCAGAGCGGCGUCCUCCGCGUCGAGGCGAUCCAAGCCGUGUGGGGCACGACGAGCAAGAUAGUGUUGUUCAUCUCCAUUGCGCUUGCGUCAUACAUGUACAUCUUGGACAACGGCACCAACUGGGCAUGGGCAAGCUACGCAAGUAUACAGUUUGGCCACUACCAGCAGUUUGCUGCCAUCCAAUGCGCCAUGGCCAUCCUCCUCGCCAUCGGCAAGCCCCUCUUCGCCAAACUCACAGACGCAGCAGGUCGCGCCGAGGUAAGUGCGAGCUCGAGGGCGCUUCACCCACGACUAACAACGCCUCUAGGCUAUCGCCGUGCGCAUGUCUCGAUGCUGCGUUGUCAGCAACAACUGAUUGAUCCCCAGCUCGCCCUGUUCUUCUACGUCCUCGGCUACGUCAUCGACGCGGCGACGCCUACGAUGGCCGGGCUCGGUGCGGGUCUGUGCAUUUGGGAGCUCGGCUUCUCUGGGCUGCAGAUUGCGCUGCAGAUCGUCAUCGCCGACGUCGUCACGCUCCGGUGGCGGCCCAUCGUUUCUGGGCUGUCGACGGGCGGCUGGUACUUCAUCAACUUCUACGCUAACGGACAAAUCACGAGCAGGCUGACCGCGGCCGGUGGACCUGGCUGGCGAUGGGGCUAUGGCAUCUACGCGAUCUGCUACCUCCCCGCUCUGCUCCCGAUUAUCUUCACUCUGAUGUGGGCCCAACGUCGGGCCAAGGCUCAAGGUCUUAUCCACAAGCAAGAGCCGCGACCGGUCAAAACGACGGUGCACAACUUCUGCUCGGAGGUGGAUUUCGUGGGAUUGUUCCUGCUCGCUGCCUCUCUUGCCCUGGUCUUCCUCCCCAUCGUGCUGGCCGGUGGCGCCUAUGCGACCACGACCUGGCACAACCCGGCAGUGCCCGCCAUGAUGGUCAUCGGUGGUGCAGUGACGUUCCCGGCCUUCGUGUUCUGGGAGGCCCGCAUGGCACAGCACCCUGUCAUUCCGUGGCGAGUCCUGGGGAACCGCACCGUGCUGGCGGGAUGCGCGAUCAACUUUUUCGAUUUCAUCUCGUUCUACCUCAGCUACAACGAGCUGUACGGCUUCGUUUCGGCGACGACCCGAUGGGAUAUCGGGAACCUGGUCUAUUUCACCAACGCGCAGUCUCUCUGCUUGACCUUCUUCGGCCUCGGCUGGGCUGUCUUCGCAGGCAUAUUCAAGACGGGCUAUCGUCGGGCCCUGAUUGCGGCUCUUGCCAUCCGGCUUCUCGGCAUCGGGAUCAUGUUCUACGCGCGCUCGCACCAGAGCACGGGUGCGCUCGUGAUGACCCAGAUCAUCCAGGGCAUGGGCGGCGGCAUCGCUGCGUUCGCGUCGCAGAUCGGCGCGCAAGGCGCCGUGCCGCACCAAGACGUCGCGCUGGCGACCGCGGCACUGCUGCUGUCGGCCGAGCUCGGGAACGUCGUCGGCACGGCCGCGGCGGGCGCCAUCUGGAACAACCGGCUGCCGGCGGAGAUCGCCAAGCAUGUCCCGGCGCUGAACAGCACGCAGAUCGCGGGUUUCGUGGGCUCGCCGACGCUCGUGCGUGGAUUGACGGGGCAGGAAUACACCGAUAUGGUCUCGGCGUACAGCGCGACAAUGCACACCCUCCUCGUCCCCGCCAUCGUCUUUGCCGUCUUCCCGCUGCUUGCCACGUUCUUCGUGCAAGACUUCCGGCUGCUUGACAUCCAAAAUGCCGUCGAGGUGAAGCGGCUGGACGGCCGCAAGGCCACAGACGCUGACCCCUCGAUUGAUCCCACCGUGCUCGAAGAGAAGGUGUAGUCAAGCGGGAGACAGUGACAAAGUGGGGAGGGUGUAUGUAGAGCACACAGACUUCAUACUGCGACUAUCUGGAUACGUCUCGACGCACCAAAAAAUGGAUCAUUUCCAACAUCAUUGGCCAUCAGUGUUUCCAAUUCAUCCCACGGAGGCAAUCCAUACAUCCCCGGCAAUCCUUCCCAGAACGCCUGCCGGGCAUGGUCCCGCGCUUUCUCGAGCUGCGGUAAGCAGCUCGGACAGAAGCCCUCACUAGCAAAUGACUUCAUCUCGUGCAUCAUCCCCAGAGGAUCGUAAAUCAUGACCCGAAUCCUAGCACGGUGUUUGUGCAGGUAGGCCAGCCGUUUGUCGGUGCAAGAAACCCUGCUCCGCCCGCAUUGAGCCUGGUCGGUUAUGUACCGGCUCAGAGAGACACGCGAGCAUGUCGACACCGCCGCACAGUGCCGUUGCGGCGUGCCCUCUCAAGAUCGUCAAUCGAUCAUCGGCGCUGAGGCUGUCCGGCUCGAGAAGUAGCUCAAGACCGACGACGUCCAGGCGCGCUGAGAUCGAGUAGAACAGGACGGGGGGACACCAUGUCGCUCCUACUUGUCGAAUCAGACGCGCGAGUUUGAGCCAAGAUCUCACAUCUUGGGGAAGAGGCCACGAAAAGAGGUGCUCGCGCGCUCUCGGCAGGAUGCUCUUAUCAGCCACCGAAAGCUGUAGGAAGCCGUAUCGGCACGCGAUGUGGGAAAGAGCACGGCUG